AGAAAAUUACGAGGAAUAAAAGCCUGUGCAACGGUGAGGCGAGACUGUCAUUCGUUGCCGAGAUGCUGCCGUCGUAUUCACCCAAGGGACGUAAACGGUCGCCACAGCUGCAGCUCUGGAAGCGCGUGGCUCUCCUUGGCGUCGUUUUCAUCCUAUUGCUGUUUCUGUGGGUGCAAUAUACCAUCCUCACCACCAACUUGGGCGGCAUCCCGGCGCACGUGGACGAAUUACAGGGCGCCACGAAUCAGGAGGGGCAGCACCCGGACAACCGCAACGAGCAGGCACAUCUCAGAGGCAACGAACAUCUAAAACAGCGACCAUCAGAGAUCAAUGCAGUGAAUCACGCGACAGGAGGUGGAGGAGCAGGGGAAGGCCACGACGUCGACGAGAUGCUAGCGGACGAGGUUGUUGCAGACGUGGAGGACCCUGAUAAGACAGUGACAGCGGUGCCCUCUGGGCAGCAAGAAGCUCGACGUUUGGCUGUGCGCAAGGCUAUGAAGUUUGCGUGGGGGAACUACGAGGAACACGCGUUCGGCGGGGAUGAAGUGGACCCGAUAAACGGCUGGAAACGUAGCAACGUUUGGGGCGACAUCGCCUGCUCCCUGGUGGACGGCAUUGACACGCUUUGGAUCAUGGACUUGAAGGACGAAUUCCAGCGCGCUAGAGACUAUGUGGCCAACCAGCUCGAUUUCUCGCACUUGGGCCGCGAUGGCAACAAACUCUCGGUGUUCGAGACCAUCAUCCGUGAAGUAGGUGGACUAUUGAGUGCGUUUGACCUCUCUGGCGACAACAUUUUCAAGCAGAAAGCUAAGGAGCUCAUGGACAUUCUCGCGCCUGCUUACGAUGAAGAAGAGGGCGUAUUCUACACACUUUUCAAUCCAUACACCAAGGAGAAGAGCUUUGCUGGGUGGGCAGGCUACCGCGCUCAUAUUGCAGAUGUCGGCACACUUCAGCUCGAGACACGCUAUCUAUCGGACAUUACUGGAGAUCCAAAAUACGCCGAGAUGGGCGACGCCUUUUACCAGAUUUUAAAGCGCGAAGGAUCAUACAAGAAGACGGGCUUGUUUCCGGUGCAUUUCAAUUCUGCCCGUGGGAAGUUCGACAGUCAGAGAAGCGUCAUCACUCUUGGUGCGCUCGGUGACUCGUUCUACGAGUAUUUGUUGAAAGUGUACAUCUAUAGCGGCAAACGCGAAGAGGAUGAGUAUCUUCGGGAGCUCUACGACGAUGCGGUGAGAGGCAUGGAGGAGCACUUGCUGUACUUCUCUAUCCCCGACGAUCUCUACUUUUUGCAGGAAAUGAAAGUACCGUCCUUGUCGGCUGUUCAACGCAUGGAUCAUCUUCUUUGCUUCGUUCCAGGACUGUUGGCGUUGGGUACGCUAUCCGAGACAGAGGACCACGCCAAAAACGCCAAACAUCUUGAGCUCGCCGAGAAGCUCAUGGAGACCUGCUACCAGUUCUAUCACCGUCAGCCGACGGGGCUAUCACCUGACAUCGUGAGCUUCCCAAAGAUGCAGGUGAUUGAUCCCAAGUACCGCCUUCGACCAGAGACCAUCGAGAGUCUCUUUUACCUGUAUCGCGUCACCAAGAAUCCCAAAUACCGUGAAUAUGGCUGGGAAAUUUUUCAAGCUCUAGAGACACACACCAAGGUGAAGCACGGCUACGCUGCCAUUAUGGACGUCACGAAGCUGCCUGCUCAAACCGAGAACAAGAUGGAGAGUUUCUUUUUGGCGGAGACGCUCAAGUAUCACUACUUGCUGCAAGCCCCCGAGACUCUCAUUUCGCUUGACAAGUAUGUGUUCAAUACUGAAGCCCAUCCUCUCCGCAUCCGCAGGAGGAACUAAUUUUGAUCUCUCUCGACCAUUUGAUACCAUGUAUAUCACCACAAAAAAAAGAGUGCGUGUUUUGUUUACUUGUUACGUGGAUGAGUCUUUCGACGCAAA